AUGGGAUGUACAGCUCCUAAUUCAGUAUCCUACUAUUUUACAAGCGAGGCCAUCUUAAGUACUAUUGGGAUUUGCUAUGUUCUUAUUGGAAUCAUGGUGGCUGGUAUUAGGGGGAAGGUUACAGCACUCCUCCUAGUGCCAAUUGUCGCCUCUGUGGGGUGUGCUGUAGCCAAUGGUCUUGCUCACUAUCGAGACAAUGUUGGUUGCCCCCCUAUGAACCAGGCAGUCGCUUUCGUAUUCUCUCACCUCCUCUGGACGGUAAGUGCCAUGUUUGUAGGGUUGGUAAUGGCGAUCCAAGAAGCCGGACUCCCUUUCUAUGGAUAUAUCAUCCUACUCAACCUCCUCCGCGAUUGGGAGCGCAUUGUAUACUUGACUAUUUACUGGGCGCUUAUGCUCGUAAUCGUAGCCAUCCGCAUCACUAUUUUAGUGAUUCACACAAAUUUUAUACUUCACGAGAUACCCGAAACAUAUGAAUAUUCAGCCAGGAUAUGUCGUCUGCAUAUAGGCUACUUCUUGCCUCUCGCAUUAGCCGAAACUGUGACUGCUAUAUUCUUACUGAAAAUCCUCCGAUCUGUGCUUAAGUCAUCAACAACUGGUGGGCUGAAGGGCGGUACACUAUUCCGCUAUCUCAUGCGUAGCACUGAGAUCCGCGUUUCCACGUUGGCUUUUCUUGGCAUUGGACGUACUAUAACCUUCUCGUUUAGUGUUUAUGAAGGGAAGUAUUUGUUUGUGUUUGCCCAACUAGAUAAGUUGGUAUACUCCAUCGAUGUUGUUACGACCCAAAAAUUGCACGACGAGGACAAGAGGGAGAGAGCCAAUAUGCUCGGAGAUAUAAGGCAGUGUUUAGCACAGCAUAGAACAAUUUACCUCUUCGUACGACCUGAACGCAUUUCUGCCAUGGCGUCCUCCAUUAAUGAAGAUGGCCUUUCCGCCGUUACUUCAAGUCAAUUUGAUGACCUUUCUCCUGCUGAACAUGGCCGACUCGAUGCUGAACUUGAGGCAUUAGACCAGAGCUCUGCUACCUCAAGGAAGCGCCCUUACAAGAAGAAGUGCACCGAGAUCUGGUCCUAUUCUCGCAAACCCAAAGGUGUGGAGAGGGGAAAAGACCAAUGGAAACACCAGAUCUGGUAUUGUGGCCAAAUAGUUGGACAUGGUAACAGAACCAGGCCUUGUCCCUACUCUUCAACAAACAUGAAGCGCAUUCGGGAGCAUCUGACCAAGAAUCACCUCAUUACCCUCAGCAAUGGUGAUGGAGAGCCACUCGCAAAGCGUCAGGCUACACUUCUUCGAGGCUUCGACAUUCAGAAGGCACACCCAUCUUCUCAGUUUACAACCGUAGAGAAGCAACUCCUUCGACGGGUAUUCGACAAGGGGGACAUUGCAGAGAAGCUCAUCCGCCUCCUCGCAUGCAAUAAUCAGUCUCUACGUAGCGUAGAGUGGAAGGAGUUUAUCGAGUUCUCUAAUACACUCAACCCCUUUGCGAGCGAGGUCUUACCCGACCGGAAGCAGGCUAAGGAAACGCUUGUUUCUAUCCAUCGAAAGUACGUAUCUUACCUUAUUGGAGUUACUAACUAG